CAUCACUCUAAACGAGCCUCGCUGUAGCUUUGUCUUAGGUCGCUUACUCUCUAGUUGCCCGCCACAGGGACAUCUAAGAAUCUCGAGCACCAUGAACAAAUCAACCAACAUGUUCAGCGUGCUGAACGAAGUCAGCGACACCAAACCUACGUCUGCCGCUCCUCAUUCGCCGAAGCGUCACGUUUCUCCACAGGCAAAACAAACAGAUUUCUCCGCUUCUUCUAAGAAGAAGCAAAAUACCUCCAACACCACUGCAUCGAAGAAUGACUCCCUUCCAGUCGUCUCAAAGGGCGUCGGACCAUCCGACUAUAACAUCCCCUCCGUGGUUCGAAACGAUGGCCCCAUCCACAGAUCUGUCAACAAGGGGCAUCAAGUAUCUCGCACGCAACUAGGCACCCCAAGGGAACGCGAAUUUGACAGACACCCCGGGAGCGGCAUUCCUCUCAACAAACUCAAAAAGGGCGGUGCGGGAUCUCACAACUGGGGAAGCAUCCGCAACGACAUAGACCAACAACUCACUGUCGCUGAAGAACCCAUUGAAGUCCUCUACCAACACGAACAAAACACACCCGCCGCCUCUCAACCAGAUCCUCCCAAGGAAUCCUGUCCAGAACACCCAAAUGCCAUCUCCUAUACAGAAUAUAUGAUCCAACAACAGGAAAAACAAAAGGAAGCGGAUGCUCUACUCUCUCCUCCAAAAAGCCCCAGAAAAGUCGUCGCCGACUGGUACAAGCAACCCACUCCUGCCGCCCUCAAAAAAUCACCAAACUCGAACAAGAAGAAGCAGAAACCCGCUAGCGGGCGCCGAUUCGUCCCCCUCGACGACAUUCUGCCCAAAUCAAAGCCCUUCAACCCCGCGAGACCCAGAGGAAAAGUCCGCAGAAACACGAACUAUCAAGAAGAGCGUUCCCGUCCAGCUGCUCAGGAUCAACCGUAUCAAGGUAUCAUAGAUACAAUGGAUGAGAAGGCAUUUCCAGUGUUGGGUACUACACAAUGCUAAAAUAAAAAACCUUUAACUCUCCGAUAAA